AUGCAGAGAGUCAUCCAACGGACGACUUCCGCUCGGAAGCAGGCUCUACGACGAUCUAUCAAAGCCCAAGAACGACAGGAAUUGCUGGACCGCAUUCAGAUCAAGCGUGCGCGGAAGGACUUUGGCGCUGCAUUGUCCUCUCAGUUCCAAGAGGCCCGGAAGAACCGCUGGGAAGAUUGGGAAAAGGGCCCUCUUGCUCCUAUGCGAGACUCAGGCCUCGACCGCACUACCUAUGGUGGCCUGCAGGGUUCCGUCUUGCACCCUCCGCGUCUCCCUAAACACGAACAACGGAGACAUGUCCUCUUUGCCGAAGGAGACCGGGUCUGUGUCAUCCGCGGACAGGAUCAGGGAAGCAUCAACGUGAUCACUCAGGUCAACCGCGAUAGCGAGACUGUUCUCAUCAAGGACGUCAACAUGCGCGAUGUUAUCAUUCCUGAAUGGGCCAAGGAUAGAAUGGCCCACCAAAUCGACACACAACCCCAGUCAUUCCCAGUAUCCUUCAGCGACAUCCGACACGUCAUUCCACUGGAAGAUACCGAGACUGGAAAGAUGCAGCAAGUCAUUGUCAAGCAUGCCUAUGCUGCUGGUCCUUACAAUGAGAGAGCCCCCCACAGCAAACUUCCCAGGUACACUCGUUACGUCUCCGGCCUUGACAUCGAAAUUCCCUGGCCGAUGGAGGAGGAUCCCACUAUCACCGACGGCGACAUGGAUACAUCUCGAAUGGAAGUCGAAGCUAGCACAUUCGUCGCCUCGCUGGCCGAGCCUCCGAUGCCCUCGACCGUGAUUGACGAGCUGCGCAACAAAUACUCUAGAUUCCGUACCCGCCACGAUCCCGAAUACUUGAGACAGAAGAUGACCGGGGACUACGAAAAGGAGUACAGAGAGACUGUGUCCCUGUCCACGCCGACUACCGAUGCCAUCAAAUUGCGGGCCGCCAAAGCCAUCGAAAGGAGGAAUGCGAGAUUGGAUGCCGAUGGAAACAUGCAGUUGCCCAACGCUACCAUUACCUUCAUUAACAAGCACUUCAAAAAGCUUGAUUUUGCCGAAAGGCAAUCCAUCUUAGGUCCGCGACUGGCACAAGCAAGGCACACCAAGAAGAGGAAUGCGGAAAAGGCUGCGGCGAAGGAUGCGGCGAAGGCCAGAAGGGCUGAACGGGAAUCCAAGAAGGCCGAAGCUCGGAAGGCCAGUCCUGGGCCUCAGGAGACCAAGGCUGAGUCUCAGAACGACAAGGAGACAUCUUGA